UACAUCCAUGCACCUUUCUCCCUGGGAGGUUCUUCUACGACCGGUCACGUAGUUGUGCUCGUCAUGACCAGCCUCUUGCUAACAGACACCUUCAAAAAUCUUGUCCGAUUCAGCACUGUUCGAACCGACAACAAUGUCUUCCGCCUGCACUACCGAUUCACCGGCGUCCUGCUCUUCACAGCCAGUGUUCUUGUGAGUGCCACGCAGUUCUUCGGUAACCCCAUCUAUUGUGUCACGCACGAUAUAAUUCCCAAGAAGGUAAUGAACACGUACUGCUGGAUAGAAGGAACCGUAACGUUGUCGCGGUCUCUCAACAAGACGGUUGGAAAAGAGGUGGCAGCUCCGGGUGUGGACCAGAUGAGGAUCACAGAUGCGGACGCCGUCAUAGAACAUGCGUAUUACCAGUGGGUGUGCUUCGUGCUGUUCUUACAGGCCCUGAUGUUCUACUUCCCUCGUUGGCUCUGGAGAAGCUGGGAACGGGGAAGAAUGAGGUCGUUGAUUCUUGAAAUGAACAAACCCGUGAUCGACGCGUCUGUAAAGGAGUACAAUAUAGGAGCCGUUGUCAGCUACUUCAUGCGGCACCGCAGUCAACACCAGUCCUAUGCCUGGCGUUACUUGUUCUGCGAAGUCCUUAACCUCGUCAACGUGCUGGGACAAAUCUUUUUCAUCAACAAGUUCCUCGGAGGCAUGUUCACGACUUAUGGGACUGACGUGAUUCGGUUCGUGAACGAAGACCCUGCGGUUCGUUAUGACCCGAUGACCAAGAUCUUCCCCAAGAUGACCAAGUGCCGUUUCCACCGUUUCGGAACGUCGGGCGAUGUCCAGAAGCACGACUCCAUUUGUCUUCUUCCGCUGAACAUAAUCAACGAGAAGGUGUACAUUUUCUUGUGGUUCUGGUUAAUCGUCUUGGCCGUAGUGUCUGCUCUCGAUAUCAUAUACCGGGCAGUCGUGUGCCGAUUCCCGCGGUACAGGUACCUCCUCCUGAGGGCCCUGAGCAGGAUGGUGAACCCUUCUGACAUGGACCAGAUCGUGCGCAAGGCGCACUAUGGAGACUGGUUCGUGCUCUAUCUGCUCAAGGACAACAUGCAGGCAUUGUUCUUCAGGGACGUCGUGGCAGGGUUUGCAAAGAAGCUGAGGGACGAACGCCACCCUGAUUACGUGGACGGCGAAGCAGAACCCAGUGAGAAAGGCCGCUAUGCCCACUGAGCCGGCUAGAGUGCACAAGUGUCUGUAUAGUAAUCCUGAGCUCUGACGUACUUGUUGUAUCAGUGUGCCACUUUGCUACAUCCCGUCUAUAGCACCCAUCCAGCAUCGUUCAUCAUCCACGUGCGCCCCUGCAUUAGCGCGUCGGACAUUGCAUGUUAAAAUUUGUUCAAAGGUGAUAAAUUGUCUUUUGGUUCCUCUGUGAUGUGAGACUCCCUGUUCGCUCUUGAGCUCAAUAAAAAGCACUUACCUCAUAGUGCUGCAUAAUAC